AUGGUCAAGAACCACCCGGGCAGCGGCACUAGCAGGUGCGACGCUGCGGCGGCUAUGGCAGAGAGCGGUGGUGGGGGUGGGACGGCAGCGCUGUGCGGCGGCGGGAGUAGGCAGCCGGCGAUGGCGGCGAGGCAGUUCAAGGGGGUGCGGAUGCGGAGCUGGGGGUCGUGGGUGUCGGAGAUCAGGGCGCCGCACCAGAAGCGCCGGAUCUGGCUCGGCUCCUACGCCACCCCGGAGGCCGCCGCGCGCGCCUACGACGCCGCGCUCCUCUGCCUCAAGGGCUCCGACGCCGUCCUCAACUUCCCCUCGUCGUCCUCCGCCUCACCCUCGUCGCCGCAUUCGCUUCCCUCCCCCGCCAAUCGACACGCCGACGACCUGUCCCCGAGGUCCAUCCAGCGCGCGGCCGCCGCUGCGGCAGCGGCCUUCGAGGCCACCAGGAUCGUCGUGGACGACAGCUGCUCUUCCAGCGCGGAGGCGACGACGCCGACCUCGUUCUCAGUGUCCACGCUGGGGAGCGCCGACGUCCAGGAGCACGCCACGUCUUCGAUGUCCGCCGCGGCCAGCGCUGGCUCGCCGGUGGGAGAUCAGGACGAGCUGUGGACGGAGCUGGACGCGUUCGCGUCCCCCAAGCUCAUGGACCUCAUCGCCGCCGGUCACGCCACGCCCUUCUCUUGCACCUGGGAGGAGCCCGAGGAGGACGGCGACAUGAUGAGGCUCUGGAGCUUCUGCUAG